AUGGAGGCCUCGGAUUGGCAAGGAGGAGAAGGGAGCAAGCUGCUAGAGAAGGGGACAAGUGUGUCCUGUGCAAGGAGGAGCUCCAGCUGCAGUCCCCUGGGACAGUCACUCGUGUGCCAUGCUGAGGGCUUGGGCCAGGAUGCCUUCAGGAUUUGUAAAGAAUACCUGAGGCCACUGAAGAAGUUCCUGCGAAAGUUGCACCCUCCCAGGGACCUGCCUCAGAAGAAGCAGCUGAAAUACAGGAAGCAGAGCCUUGUGGUCCUCGGGGACCACAUCAACACCUUUCUGCAGCACUGCUGCCGGUCCUGGGAAAUCAAGCACUGGAGGAGGAUGCUCUGGCGAUUUGUCUCCCUCUUCUCAGAACUGGAAGCAAAGCAGCUGCGCCGGCUCUAUAGGCACACCAAGAACAGCCAGGUGGCCAAGUCCCAGGUGUCAUUCUGCCCUCUUGACACACCAGAGAGUUCCCUGCUUGCUGCUGGUGAAAACAGCCUGCCCAAGCUGCAGUGGUGCAGUGCCUGGGGACUACAGGGCAACAUCAGCGGCAUGAAGGAGAGGCUGUCCAAAAUGCACGUCCCGCACCAGGAGGCCACCCUGCUACAGGAGCCGCUGGCCCAGGCCUGGAGAGGUUCUUCAAAGAAACUUCCCCAGGAACCAAUAGUCAAGUGGAAGAGGAUCAAGGAAGCCCCUGAAAUUACAGAGAGCAGCUGCCUAUAA